GAAUUUUGGAAGAUAUAAUUAGAAAGGUACAACCUGGGUAGAAAAUUGUACUCCUUAUCGAGCAUUUUUGAAAAUAUAAUUGAGAAAGUGGAAUCUGGAUAGAAAAUUGUUUUACCUACGAAGCAUUAUAAAAAUUGACAGAGCAAGGAAAAUGAGCGACGAACCUACCUACAAACUAAUCUGCUUCAAUGCCCGUGGUAGUGCCGAACAUAUACGGUACAUAUUUGCAUACAUUGGCAUCGAGUAUACCGACGAGAGGAUCCCCGUAGAACUCUGGCCUGAAUACAAGGAUUCAAUGCCUUAUAAAAAGCUGCCUGUGCUGGAGGUAGACGGGAAACCGGUAGCGCAGGGUAACGCUGUGGCGCCUUACUUGGCGAGGAAGUACGAUCUAACGGGAAAUUGCAAAGGGGAUGCGCUGAUAUGCGAAGUGCUCGUCGAUACUCUUGAAGAUUUGGAGCAAGACGACAUGGGCGGACUUCGUAUUUGCAGCGGCCCUUGAAAAUUUCGAGUAUAUGUUUGGGGCACCAGCUUUGGAUAA